AUGCAUACCUCUCAAUUACUGCAAACUGCGAUCUCGAUUGUCGCAUUCCUGAGCCAGUGUCGACUUGCCGAUGCGACGCCGUUAGGGCCGAGUGGCACUGAGGGGGGGUCGCUCGAACAGCGAUCCUGCGACAACCCAUGUGGUUACUACAGCCAGCUUUGCUGUGCCUCCGACGAAACAUGUAUUACAGACGAAAAUAACCAAGCGGUUUGUUCUUCCUCGAGCAGCGGUUCAGGGAGUGGAGGCGGCACCUGGGAAACGUACAGCACCACCUGGGUUGUUACUGAGACCGAUGUCGAGACACGCACAUCUGUAUGGAGUAGUUGGGUCGCGGCUCCGACGAGCACGAGCGGGAGUUGUCGAAGUGAUCUCGGUGAGAGUGAGUGUGGCAGCGACUGCUGCAGUGCUUCUGAAGUCUGUAGUUCCGACAAGAAGUGUGUUCUGGCAGCUACCACCUCGAUCUGGGCAACAGAUACUGGCACCGCCACGGCUCCCGUACGACCGACAGACUCGAGCACCGUUACUGAAACUGCGACAACCACUCAGGCCUUCGAGACGCCCGUUACCACCGACGGAUCGCCAGCGCUAGGGGUCGACGCUCCGGAUGACGGCGGCUUGAGCGGUGGUGCGAUUGCGGGCAUUGUGAUCGGGACACUCGCUGGUGUGUUCUUGCUGUUCCUCCUCUGCCUCUGCCUGUGCGCACGCGGACUUUUGAACAGCAUUCUUGCCUGUUUGGGAAUUGGGCGAAGGAGGCGAGAAGAGACUUAUGUGGAAGAACAUCAUUCGCAUCAUACGCACCGGCCUGGCCGCACGUGGUUUGGCACUCGGCCAUCUGGGCCUUCACAUGAGGGCGAGAAUAGAUCAGGAUGGGGCAAGCUUGCAACGAUUGGAAUCGUCCUCGGUGCGAUUGCGCUUUGUCUCGGGCUGAAAAGGAAGAAGGACCACAGCGACGAGAAGAGUAGCACCUCUUACACGUACCCAAGCUAUUAUAGCUAUUACACCAGCACAAUCUUUAGCGAGCGAGAGCUCAGACCGACGAACCCGACGGAGCAGGCGAUCAGGACGAUCGAGGUCCCGGGUAUAACGAUUAACGAUGACACGUUGAAGGUGGACGACAUGAUUCCAUGA